UGGGAGGAUGGUAACAGUUGACUGUGAAGUGUGUCUUGGUUCUCGCUCCCCAAAAUGCCCGAAAUCAGGUUGCCGGACCACAUUUUUCCUUGAAUUUCCUUUGCUUGACAUGUCCUAUAUUAUCCACGACAUACGUCAUUGUCCAAUCAAGAAAAAAAGAUCAAAGGUUAAAGAUCAGCGCGACACCUACAACAAUGUGAAAUUGUCAAUAAUUGGCAGCAUGUUGACCCGUGGUCUUGUCCGGACAGUUCGCGGUGGGCCUGGCCUCAGUUGCUCCUACCGAAGCUUAAGCUCUCUCACCCAACGGCCCAGAGCUCUGUUGUUUGCCCGUGCUCCGGGUCCGUUCUCGCUUUGCCCUCUAGAGUAUGGUCGAGUAUCUCGUCGAGCCAUGUCGUCAACGGAGGCCGUCCAAGCCGUCAAUGGGAUCCUGGUCCAAGUGUUGGGCUCAUACCCAGUCACGUCCAUGGCCGAGGCCUUGGCUUACGUUCACGAUACCACGGGCUGCAGUUGGGCGGGUACGAUCGUGGGGGCGGCCGUGUUUCUCCGAUUUGGUCUCCUUCUACCCGCACAAGUGACCUCGCAAAAGGUGGCUGCCAAGCGAGUGCUCCUGCAUAAAGAGAUGGAUUCACAACUGAUUCCUGAAUUACAACGAGCCACCGCUUUUCUUUCCAAAGAGCGAGGAUGGAGUGAGGAGAUGGCCAAAAAGAAAUUUAACAGAGCCCAGCGACUAAUGGUGAAAGAGAAAAUCAUCGAGAAGAAUUGCGCUGCUUCCAAACUGUUCUUACCAUUUAUGAUUCAAAUCCCAAUUUGGAUCACCCUGUCCUUGGCAGUGCGUCGGCUUCUCUCAGUCCAAUUGAUACCGGAGGAGGCCAUCAUGGUUCGAUUUUUGGAACUGUCUCGGGAAGGCACGAUGGCGUUUCCUAAUUUGACCUUGGCCGAUCCCACCUUUAUCCUGCCUUUGACCGUGGGUUUGGGGUUCCUGCUCAACAACGAGAUCAACGCUAGUCGCCACCAUCAAGACAUCAUCCCCAAAGGUUUCCUGACCAUCGCACCCAACAUUGUGCGGGUAUUUUCCUUGUGGAUGACCUUCGUCGCCACCAUAGUGCCUUCGGCAAUAGCUCUUUAUUGGUCGGCCAGCAGUUUAGCCGCUUUGGCCGUGACUCUCAUCGCAAUGAGUCCGCGAUUUCGAGCCCUGGUCCGCAUCCCAAAGAUACCCGAGUAUCCGGAUAAACCUUAUUCGAAUGUAUGGAUCAAUUGGGGAAAUAAGUUGAGACGCUUAAGAGCCAGAUUCCAGCGAAACAAGGAAUAAAACGCUUUAUUAUUCUUAAAAGAAAAACCACACUCCAAGCCACACGUCAUUUCAUAAGCCCAAACAACCAGGGAGCCAAUGACCCGUUCGUCCUGAAAGAAAUGACAAAAGAUCUAGUCUCAUUACUUAAGUCUUCAGUUUGCUUGCCAGUUGACCCUCACCACAGCCGUAGCAGUAACCGUAACCUCCGUAGGGAGCAUUAGGAUCUCCGGGUACCGGGCUAUCGGAGAGAGGGUCCUCACUUGAAUCGGAUUCGUUGGCAUGAGCGAGAAUGUCAUCGUCUGAAUCGUCUUCGUCCGAAUCGCUUUCCACAUCAAUCGUGCUA